UAUAUAAAAAAGACCGUUGGGAGCGAAAGGAUCGGUUGUAACGGAUAGUUUCUUUAUUCAAAAGCUAUACCCUCUCGUUAGAGCAUCAAAGAAUCACAAGAUAAAUUUCUUAUUCAAAUUCAAGAAACUCUAAUUACUCCAUAGAUUUCAGUCAGCGGUUUGUACGCUGCAACACAUUGUUGAAGCCAUUUGACUAAUCACAGUUUUUUAUCUACCAGUACAGAAAAAGAUUCUAUUUCCAUCAAUUUUAGUUUUGUGGAGAAUGGAUUUGGGUUGUUUCGAUAUGGGUUGUAUUGAAAAGAAGCCGGCGAACGACAAUAUUUCUAAUUCAGAUAAUAGUCCCACCGCCGCUUCUACAACGGCUAAUUCCAGAGUCGGAAAGACUAAGGCAAUGAAAGAAGGUGGCCAGUCAAAUUUAGUUUCUCUAAACAAAUCUGGAUCACAAAUUAGAAAGCCCCCUCAUCGCAAAACGUCGCCUUUGAAUUGGUUCCCUCGCAAGAAAGUGGAUUCCUAUUUGAAGAGGAAGAUAAAAAUGUUCCAGGAAGUGGAUGGAAUGAACUCAACCCUUGAUGAGACUUUGGGGGAUGCUAAUCCCCACUAUUGUAGAGUUCUGAGAGAAAAAAUUGCAGUAAGAGAAGCUGCUCAAAGAGCUGUGGAAGCUCGGAAGGCUGCACUUGUUGAAGCAUCAUGGUGCCGAAUACUUCAAGCAUCAAGGAUUGAUUGUAAAGAAGCAGAACAAUUGCUGCAAGAGGCAGAAAAAUAUUCUGCAGAAGCUUUUGAAGAUGCAACAGCUAUUGGAGUAAUCUUGUAUGACAUUCCUGAUUGUUCACGGAAGCAUUACAAAAUAGAAAAGUCACCGGCAAAAGGAGGAGGACCCACCACUCAUACUAUUAGAACAUCUUUUGAAACUGCAUUUGAGGUUGAUAAACAAGUAGCAAGUGCUGUUAAGGCUGCACUUCUUAAGCUUGCUAAUUGCCCUUCAAUGAACAAAGAUGAAGUCAAGGAACUGCUGCACAGAAUAAGCCAGAACCCGGAAACAGACGAUAAUCAUCAAGAAGUGUCUGAGUUCUCUUCAGAAUGUGAAUCGGAUACAGCUUCCGAAGCCACAGAGUUAAAAAAAGAAAAGGAAAGCAAAUUUAAAGGGAAGCAGGCAUAUGAAAAGUUUAAUAUGCCAAAUCUUAUGGAAAUGAUGCUGGAAAGGCUUAGAUGUUUGCAAGAAGAUGAACUUGCAUCUCUUGCUACUAUAGUUGCAACAUGUGGGUUGAACGCAGCUCUAGCUGAAGCGGAAAACAGCAAACAUGUUUCAGGGUCUGCUGCUGAUGACAGAUCAGAAUUAUCUGUUGGAGACCGAACAGUUAAGGGCACUGAGGAACUUCCAAGCCUGGAUAAGUUUCUGGUUAAGCGGUUAACUAGACUUGAAAGGGAGGUAUUAGAAGCCAAAACUGCUAGAAGUGAACAAAGUCAAAAUGAAUCUUGUCAUGAAGUGGUUCAUUCAGAAUACCAUACUAACUCAGGCCAUGAUCUGGCAAGUAUUCUUAAGAAGCCGCCUUUUUCAAAAUUUGAGAAGGAAAUUGAAGAGGCCAAGAACAACUCCGAAACUUUGGUAAAAACCAAGUGUAAAGCUUCAGAUAGCAAUGUGCAUUCGUCUGAGGUUCCAAGCCUGGACAAAUUUUUGGUGAAGCGAUUGACGAGACUUGAAAGGGAGGUCCUAGAAGCCAAAAAUGCCAGGAGUGAAGCUGGAGGAAAAUGUGAGCAAACGCGAGAUAAAUCUGGUGGUAAAGUGGUUCAUUCAGAAUACCAUACCUAUCCAGGCAAUGAUCUGGCAAGCAUUCUCAAGAAGCCUUCUUCAAAAUUUGAGAAGGAAAUUGAAGAAGCCAAGAACAACUCCGAGACGUUGUUAAAAAACAAGUGUAAAGCUUCAAAUAGCAAUGUGCGUUCAUUGGAGGUUCCCGACUUAGGCAGUGUGUUGGUUAAGCACUCUUCAAAGCUUGAGAAAGAUAUUGAAGAGGCUAAGAGGAAGAAUGAAAACCUUGGUGAAAUGGAGAGCAAGAAUUCAAAUAGAUUGGGUACUGUGGCAAUUGGUCGAAGAAAGAAACAUGAAAUGGAAGUUCCUAGUUUAGAAGAUUAUCUGGUGAAACAUAUGACCAAACUUGAAAAGGAAGUUCAAGAAGCAAAUAAUAGGGAAAAUACUGCAGACUUGAAUGUGUCCGAGACCUCACUGGUAGGAAAAGAAAAUGUUGACCAGAAUGUAAAUCAUGAUACAAAUAUGGAUGAAAAUUCUUGUAAUGGAGAACAACCAUCAAAGCCAGCAGACACAUUGUCAAUCGAGGUUGAAAACAAAGAACAUGCAGAUAGUCUGGACAAGAUUCUAGUAAAGCCAGUUCAUCGUUUGCAAAGGCUUAAAAUGCAAGAAUCAUCAACAAGAAGCAACUACAUUGUACAGAGGCCUCAAAGAAAGAUUGAGGCCACAGACAGCGAAGGUUUGGACAAGAUUUUAGUGAAGCAUGUUUCAAAGCUGGAAAAAGAGAAAAUGUCUUUUCAUGCAAAGGAAGACAAUUUGAUGAAUGUAAAGAAAAGGGACACAAUUGGUAAAAAAUUGCAGAACAAUGAAGGCAGUUUGGAUCAAAUUUUGGUGAAACACAAGUCUAGACUUGAGAGAGAAAAGAUGGCUGCUAUUCAGCCAGAGGAUGAUGAUCAGACAAGACAUUCAAUUUCUCGGAAAGCGACAAGGGAGAGGGAGUUGCAAGAAGCUUGGGGAGGCUUAAGUCUUGGGAAGGCCACAGACAGCGAAGGUUUGGACAAGAUUUUAGUGAAGCAUGUUUCAAAGCUGGAAAAAGAGAAAAUGUCUUUUCAUGCAAAGGAAGACAAUUUGAUGAAUGUAAAGAAAAGGGACACAAUUGGUAAAAAAUUGCAGAACAAUGAAGGCAGUUUGGAUCAAAUUUUGGUGAAACACAAGUCUAGACUUGAGAGAGAAAAGAUGGCUGCUAUUCAGCCAGAGGAUGAUGAUCAGACAAGACAUUCAAUUUCUCGGAAAGCGACAAGGGAGAGGGAGUUGCAAGAAGCUUGGGGAGGCUUAAGUCUUGGGAACUCUUUGCGUCCUCAUAUGUCUAGACUUCAGAGAGACAAGGCUGCCUGGCUAAAAGCUGAAGAAGAGGAGAGGAAGGCAACCGUGGAGGAGUCUUAAAAUUAUGUUUUUAGAUUAGAAACAUCGUAAAUUCUUUGUUUUUUCCCUCCCAUUCUUUCUGUUGGUCAACAUGACAGCAACCAACUAAACAUUUGAAUACUUCUUCACUACUCGUAUAGUGAUCUCGUGUUCUUUUUUGAGGUAAAUAUAAAAUUAGAAGGGUAUUUUCUUUCUUUUU